GGCCGGAGCUGCGGAGCCGCGCCCGCCGCCAGCGGGAGGUGCCGGCCCUGCGGGACGCCGGGCCCGCCUCCUGCGCCAUCUUGCCGGCGAGGCGGGAGGGGAGCGGAGCGCCGCGCCGUGCCGUGCCGUGCCGUGCCCGGCCGGCCCCGCCAUGCCGCACUACCAGGCCUGGGAGGAGUUCACGCGCGCCGCCGAGAAGCUCUACCUGGCCGACCCCAUGAAGGUGCGCGUUGUUCUUAAGUAUCGACAUUGUGAUGGGAACCUCUGUAUCAAAGUAACAGACGACGUAGCUUGUUUGCUGUAUAGAACAGACCAGGCACAAGAUGUAAAGAAGAUUGAGAAAUUCCACAGUCAGCUAAUGCGACUCAUGGUGGCUAAGGAAUCCCGCAGUGCUGCCAUGGAAACAGACUGACUUGCUGAAAAUGAAGAGAGCGCUCCAGUCAUAUUUCACUGGAAGAAAACAUCUCUUGGAUUUGAAUGAAUACUGGGACAGGAGAUGCUUUUAUGUACUGAAGUGGACUGAUGGCAAGUCUGAAGCAUUUUCAUCCCCUUGGACUUCACUUUGGAAAACUAGGAAAAGAAAUGCUUUCAAUGGAAAGCUUAUAUUUAUUUUUGGGAAUCAAACAGGAAACUAUUCUUACACAUUAGAUAUGCUAAGAAGAUAAGUUAAUAUUUGAAAUCUGCAGUACUUUAGUCUGAAUUUGAUGGGCCACAACAAUAUUUCUGGAAAGUUGUUACAAAAUUUCAUAUAGUUUUGAUUGUACUCAUACCUUGUGCUGGUGUAUUCUAACAGUGAGAAGGUUUAUUAACCUGACUAGUAGUGUCAUGUGAUUACUGGGUCUAAUAAAUAUUUACAUAAAUUAUAUACGAGAGGGGUUUAGAAGAAUGGAUGGUUUCUGAACUGAAAUGUUAAAAUUGCCAAUUUGUAUUAGCACUCUCAUUAGCAACAUUUUAGCUUUUAUUAUUGAUCUUGGUCAUAAGCUGUGCAACAUUAUCUGUGAUGCAGUUUGUAAAGCUGUUAUAUUGGCCAAGUAAUUAAACAUCUGUAUUUUAAAAUUUAAAUAAAACUUUGCUUGAAUUUGGCUAGA